UCUCCUUGUCUUGGUUUGAAUCGCACUUUUCUUCCAAAUUUACGGGUCUAAACAUGGGAAGACGAUAUUAUUGUGAUUACUGUGACGUUAGCUUUCCAGACAGUAAAGAAGGACGCAGAAAACACAAUGACGGUCUUGUCCAUCAAAAAAUGAAAGAUGCACACUUCAGGCAGUUUGCAGAUUCGCGGACAAGGCUAGCUCAAGAGCUUCAGAAAACCCCUUGCAGAAGAUUCUUACAGGGAAUCCCCUGUAGGUUUGGUGAUGAUUGCAGAUUUUCUCAUCUUUGGCCAUACGAAAUUGAGCAACUGCGGUAUUCAGCUCAAAUGGAAGAGAUGGCAUCUGUGAAACUUCCAAGCCAGCUGCAAAAAAAUGAACAACCAAUUGAAGAUUUCGUGAAAAGGAUUGAAAUGCUGGUCAAGGAAAAAGAAGCUGAAGCCACCAAAUCCAAUUUGCAGGCAUGGUCACAGUUUGAAAUCACGGAAAUGUCGUCCGUUUAAGGUGCGUGAUCCAUUUGACGACACGCAUAGAGAAAACUAAGACCAGAGGCGCCAAGCUCAAACCACUCGAUCUACUACUGCACGCUAAGACUAUACGUUGUCUCUUGUGUGCACUGUCGGUGUUGGCCUGUUUGGAAAAGAAAACUGCGAGAGAGACAAAUGAGGGCGUUUGGAAAAAAAAAAAAAAAAAAAAAAAAGAAGGGUGCUACAAGGAAAUCUGGUCGACGACCGCUUCAUAUCGAUCGAAACGAUGGAUAUUCCCCAUUUUGCUAGAACGCUGUCAAAAUGUAUAGAUGGAGCGUGCUGUAUGCGUGCGGAACAAAUGCAACCAUCAUUUAUUUAAAAAGGAUGUUUAUAAAAGAAUUGGACCGUCGGGUUUGUUUCGUGAUGGAUUGCACCGGCUCGUGAGUAUUUGAAUAAAUGCAUAUUUUUGUUUAAAUUUCGUUCCUUUUUCUCGCUCUAUCCACCGAGUUGAACAGGUGCCGAUCGAGUCCUUGGUGCACUGGCCACAUUCAAUGCCACUCGCAAUCAAAACGAUGAAUGAAUGGUACGCAAAAACACCCCGUCAACGUAUUUAUAGAAUGUAAAAGUACUCGUAAUAUGCACAUCGAUGUGCAUUGAAGACGUCCCAGGUCUGGAACGACACAAGCUCUAUUUUUUUAAAAGAAAACCUAUACGAAAUUCUUGAGAAAGAGAAACAGAGUGGAGAAGACUAGUACGCAACAGCAGCCGAGUCGUUUUUUAUAUGUGCCGUGUCCCAUUGUACCUUUGCUUGGCGUAUUGAUCGCAACCGCCACUCUAUCCAGCAGCUUUUCUUCUCUCUCUCUCUCCCUGUGUGUGUGUGUGUGUGUGUGUGUAGACUGCAUCAGAGUGUAUUAUAUAUCUCCUUGUAGUGAGUUGAGAUGGAGAGAGGCAAAGGCAACAUCACCCCCCGUAUGUAAGUAAUUAGCAAGUUGCAGCAUUUCUUUUUUCCUUUGUUUUUCAUUGUGGAAAGAAAAAGCAAGAAAUGGACGAGCAACAAGUAAAACGAUGCACAUCGUUUCUAUAUUAGAUCGAAAACGCGAUGCAAAACACAUCGCAUAAAAGAUCGAACGAAACGCGGAAGUUGAACGAAUAUCAAUCAUGGGA